CCUCCUCUCUCUCUCUAUAUUUUUAUUUUUCUCUCUAAAUUGUUUGUCUUGUUAAAGCAAUGGCUCGAACAAAGCAAACCGCUAGAAAAUCCACCGGAGGCAAGGCCCCGAGGAAGCAACUGGCCACCAAGGCCGCCCGGAAGUCGGCCCCAGCCACCGGCGGCGUGAAGAAGCCCCACCGCUUCAGGCCAGGGACAGUGGCUCUGCGAGAGAUCAGGAAGUACCAGAAGAGCACGGAGCUCUUGAUCCGAAAGCUCCCCUUCCAGCGACUCGUCCGUGAGAUAGCUCAGGACUUCAAGACCGACCUCAGGUUCCAGAGCAGCGCCGUCUCGGCGUUGCAGGAGGCGGCGGAGGCGUAUCUGGUGGGACUGUUCGAGGACACUAAUUUGUGCGCCAUUCACGCCAAGAGAGUCACUAUUAUGCCCAAAGAUAUGCAGCUCGCUAGGAGGAUCAGAGGAGAGAGAGCUUGAUCUGUUCGUGUUUGUGUGUGUGUGUGUGUUUUUUUUUUUUUUCCCUUUCUACUCUCUGAUGUUUAGGUUGAGAUGGGUAUGUAGCUUCUUUGAAAUUUAUGGAAAUGUAGUGAUUUUCUAUGUCUAAAA